AUGUCUAUACCGGCCAAGUCGAAGGUCUACUUGGUAACAUACCCCGCAACGCUCCCCAAAGAAGGCACCAUUCCUGUCGAAGAGAAGAUCGAGGCUCUCACAAACUAUCCAUAUGCCCUGAAAUUAGUCGGCCUUGAGGAGGAUGGUCUGGAUAAAGAUGGUAAAGAGGUCCCAGGAUGGAGCAUCAAAUACAUUGGCAUCAUGACCGCAGAGGAGGCUCGCCAAAAGUACAGUUUCGACGAUGGUGAGCCCGUAGAAAUUGAAGAGGGCGGCGAAUGGCAAUGUUACGAAAAGGGUCAAUGGGCCACUCCUGGACUUCUGGCAAGGAUCAGGCUUACCAGGGUUUACAAGAUCCCAUAUCGUAUUAGCGAGCAUAGCCCUUUCAUCGACGGCCAUACUAAUGAGUACCAUAUUGCCGAAGUCUUCCACGAACCGGUGUUGUGUCCGCCCCUGAUGUUUGAGAUAAACGAAUGGCUUGUUGCCGAGAACAAGAAACAACUUCAAGAAGCCAAAGACAGUGAUGAAGGAUGGGUGCCUCUCCACCCGGAUAUCGCGAAGGGGCCCGGCGGAUGGAUUACCACAGGCUGUGAGUCCUCAUGUAAUCCACAGAAUAAUGCCACGCUAAACGAUAAUCUAGUUCAAGAUGCCUACCUUCAGUUGCUAGAUCAGAGGAAGAAUGGCAAAGACAAGAAGGCAGUGGAAGUGGGAGGCAAAAUUAAAUCUCCUGGUUUCUUCCAAAGGUGGUUCGGCGGGGGGAACUAG